AUGGAUGAGGACAGAAGAAAGGCGGUUGGUACUCAGGGAAACGCUGCGUCGCUCGGGGAGAACGCAGACGGACUCCCGUCAUCAUGGCGGGUCGGCUGCUGGCUGAGCGAGAAGAAGAAGAAAACCUUCUCAAUUCACACAUUUUCUCAGUAUUGUAGGUGUAGAGGCAUGGAGCUGGUACUGAUUGACAGUUCCCGCCCCCUGGUAGCCCAGGGUCCCUUCCACGCCAUCCUGCACAAGCUGACAGAUGUCAUCAUCAAGGCACAGGAGGGUGAUACACAUGCACAGGCACAGCUGCAGCAGGUGGAGGACUACUUGAGCUCCCAUCCUGAAGUACUGGUCGUGGAUCCUCUCAGUUCUGUUAGGAGUCUCAUGGACCGUUGGACGGCCUACCAUAUCAUCCAGGAGUGUAUCCCCAAAGACAAGGGUGCUGAUAUUUUCAUGCCAGAGUUUGUGGAGAUCAAAACAACAGACAGAGCAGAAAUCCUGCAGCUGCUACAGGAGGGCGGGGUCCACUUUCCAUUUGUGUGCAAGAGAUCUGUAGCUCAAGGCUCAGCUUCACAUGAGAUGGCCAUCAUUUUCAAUGCUGAAGGGUUGAAAGACCUUCUCAGUCCACCCUGUGUGGCUCAGAACUUUGUCAACCACAAUGCAGUACUUCACAAGGUGUUUGUGGUGGGUGAGUCUUAUUUUGUUGUGGAGAGGCCAUCUCUCAAGAACUUCUCAGCAGGCGAUCAAAGCACAAUAUACUUCAACAGCCAUGAUGUGUCCAAGGCUGGGUCUUCUUCAUUCCUCAAUCAGCUGGACAGUAGAGACAGAGUGUCGUGCCUGUCCCUCCCUCUCUGUCGGGAGAAGUUUGAGCACGUGCUGACCAACAUCCGGCAGCAGCUGGGCAUCACGCUGUUCGGCAUGGACAUCAUCGUGGAGAACAGGACCAGUCGGCACGCUAUCAUCGACAUCAACGCAUUCCCUAGUUAUGACGGGGUACAGGACCCUUUCUCAGUAGUGGCGGACCACCUGCAGUCACUUUUGACUCAACACACGAGGGCCACGGUCAAUGCCAACACUUCUUACCAUCAACCAAGCAGAGCGGAAGUGUCUGUACCAGAUUCAGUAGGACCAAACAGAGCCAGUUUGACAGAUGAGACAACCUAUAUGAUUGGCUCAAGGACAGAGAGUGCCAACAGCAGCCUUAUCAUGCUGCCCAAUGGGAUGGACCCUAACUCCUCAGAAUUGACCAAUGGGGAAACAUUGGCCCAUCCAAGGAUUGGUGGUAUAGGGUUAGCAGAAAUUGUACGUAGGAAGGAUUUGCCCUAUACCAAAUUUGGCAAGGGACAGGAGGUGUAUUUAGGAGGACUGGCCAAUGGGAAUGGCCCUGCAUGUGUGACAACAAGUGCCGAAGAGGACCAGUGUUGUAAACAGUUGACCAAUGGGGAGCAACUGGGGUUUGUAAGAUUAGCCAAAGUUUAGGACAUAAAGAUUCAUGUGUAGCAGAUUUGAUGUGCAAGACAGGAUUAAUAGACUAAAAACAUAAAUGUAUUUUUUUUCUAUCAGACAUUUAUCUGCAUGUUAAAGAAUUUCUUAGUUUUGAUUCCAAACCUCGGCAGUUAUGUUUACUUUUAGACAAGUAGGUUCUAAUCUUAUUAUUUCAUUGCUGACCAAUCAGAUCUCAAUACUAACUAACCCAUUAGAAAUAAGUACUACCGGGUAAUCACCCAAUCAAGUGUCCUAUUACAACUUAAGCUGGUCAAUCAGGAUGCAGAAUAUAUACAUUUCAGUUGACCAACAACAAUGAAAGUCUGGAUGUCAUAUCAAUGUAAGGUAUUGAAGUUACAAACCAAUGCCAAAUACCCAAGUAGUAAGCAUCAACAUAAUGAUGUUGUUUGCAUCAUCUGCGUCGUAUAUUAGAUUGUCAACAAAGAUAUUCUAUAUGAUUUUUGUGAGAUAAAUGUAUCAAAAAGGUGUGAAGUGACCAAUUGAUAGUUGGUUAGCAGUGCCCACUGCCCCCAAAUAGUGUGAAAAUUAACUUUUCAUAGAUAUUAAGAGCUAACCAAGUAGAACUAUAUUUAAUAUGCGUAUGAGCUGUCCAAUGUGUUAUGAAUAAUUCCAAACGUGCCCUGUGAGAAGUUGUACAUGUUGUUGACCAGGGACAGUCAAAAUGGAAUAUAUUGCUUGUCAAGUUGAGAUUUCACUAAAACCAAGUGUUGUAAACAGGCAGUAGCUUAGCUGGAAAUGUUUUUGGAGUUAGUCUCCAAGUAGUGACUAUAUUGGUACAAAUGUACAUGAUGUUAUUCAGUUUCAAAUCUUUUAAGUCAUUUUGCACAAGUAACAUUGAACAGAGACAAGUUUUGGGGUCCACUUUUCUGGGUUUUUUUUCUUCACUACAUUGUUUUGCCACUUUGCUGUGUGUGUAAUCUUAGAGCACAUAAGAUGGACCUUUAGUUUGUAUCAAGGGCAUUCUAUAUAAUGUCCUUGUUUACAUGUGAGGCCUGCUACAGGGACAUCCCUUUAACAUAGGGGUUCCUGGUGGGGUUAUGAGAGUUGACAUGUGUGGUGCAGGCAUGGACUGGAACUUCAUGUCAUAAACAUGUUAAAGGAUUAAAACAUGGUCACUAGUAUUUAUAGAUGUAGACUGUACAAAUGUUUGCUGGUAAAUGUUGAUAAUCUUUAGGCACAUUCCUGUUGACCACAGCUGCCCUGUGUAUGUAUAUUCUCAACAAUCCCAGUGUUUUGAAAACAGAUGAAAUGAACAAAUAUUUUGGACCAUAGUGUAUUAAAUAGGUAGACAGUUGUAAAACAAUGUCUCUAACACAGUACCAAUGUGUGCCAACUUGCUGCUAUACAAGUUUUCAGCUGGCAAGUCCAAAAAAAAAAUGCUCGUAUAAUUUGGCAUAACUCUUUAAAAAGUGAGCAUAUUAAUUUUUCAGUCAAGUAACAGUCACUCUAGCAUAAAUGUAAUCAAAGAUAUCAAAAUAAGAUGUAAUACAAAUGUAUUGAAUUGUGUACUGUGGGGACUUAAGUGUUAAGUACAUGUUUGUGUUUUCAGUAAGUAAGUAUUUUAUAAGGUUACAAAUUCGACAUUUGUUAUUUUGUUUGAAAAACGAAAGAUAGGACAAAGAAACUCUAAUAUUGUAGGGAUAAAGAUUUUGUCAACCCCAAAUAUUUGACUGGUAUUUUGUAUGUGCUGUUCACUUGUUUGUUUUACAAAUGACUUCUCGAGAAAAUAUUUCACCCAAACUACAAUUUUCUCUAUCUAUGAAAUGUAAUCUAAGAUUGAAUAUAAUGCAUGCAUGUAAUUAGAAGAUCAUUUGAAAAUAUUUGAUGUUACUCCAACAUUCCUAUCUUGUGAAGGUAGGCCCCCAAAGCAUUGAAUUGUAAAGUUUUGUCAUUUUUUUAGUUGUUUAAAUUCUGCUAAUGUUAUAGUUAGAGUUGUUACUAAUGGGUUUGUGUAAUGUUAAAAGGUAAAAUAUUUGCAUUGUGUGUUUCAGUGAUUAUGUUACAAUGUAUGUUAUGUUGGUGUAGCAGAUUUAGGACAGGUCAGAAUCAAAAUCAUUAUGCUCAUUUCACAUUGCAUUAAAAUUAACAUCAUUAACAUUCAA